AUGAACCCCCUGUCCUGUGCCCACCUCACUCCUCCCAUCUGCCCCCCAGGUGAACCAGCCAUGCCAGUGCAGUGCUCCAGCUCAGUGGGAAACACCCAGGCACUGACAUGUCCAAUGGGCAUCGUGCGCCAGCUGGAGGCCCUCUUCACCUGUGUCACCUUCAGCCUGGUGGCCAGCCGUGGGGACCAGUGGGCUGGCACCAGCAAGUGGUGCAUGUUUUCAUGGUGCUUCUGCUUUGCCGUGACACUUGUGGGGCUUCUGGUGGAGUCUGUGGGGCUCCAGCACCGCAUGCCCAUCUCCUGGAAGAACUUCCACAUCACCUUCGCCAUGUAUGCCGCCCUCUUCACCCUCUCGGCUUCUGUCAUCUAUCCUUUCACCAACAUCAAAGCCCAACAGUACUGCUGGAAGCAGGACUACCAUAUUGCUGCCACUUUCUUCUCGUGCCUCGCCUGCAUGGCCUACUCCGUGGAGGUCACCAUGAUCCACACCACACCGGGCAAGGUUACUGGCUACAUGGCCACCAUGCCUGGGAUGCUCAAGGUGGUGGAGACCUUCAUUGCCUGCAUCAUCUUUGUCUUCAUCAGCAACCCAAUUGUUUAUGAUCGGCAUGAGGCCUUGAAGUGGUGCCUGGCCGUGUACUGUAUCUGCUUCAUCUUUUCGCUGGUUGUCUUCGUGCUGUGCGUCAGGGAGUGCACUGGCUGGCUGCCUUGUGCCUCCAACAAGAUCCUGAUAGGAUGCACGCUCCUGGCUGUGCUCCUCUACUCCACUGCCACCAUCCUCUGGCCCCUCUACAACUUUGACAGCAGGCCCAGAUACUGCCAGGGUCACAACUUCUGCACCAGGGACAAGUCAUUGGCCAUCACUGUGCUUACUGUCAUCAACCUGGUGGUUUACCUGGCUGACCUGGUCUACUCUGUCUCAUCUUCAUUCAAGCCUAGGUGCUUGCACUGCUUGGGGGAAAGGACAGGGACAGGGCUAUGGGGCCUGGCACCUGCUACUUGCUAA